AUGAGCGAAAAAAAAUCCAAAUCAACUGUUCCAAAAUCAACUGUUCCAAAAUCAACAGUCAGUGCCCCUUCAAGUAUAGCAACACUAUCGGGUGCUAUACCACCAAGACGUCGUAUGGCUCAGAAUUACUUGGUGAUUUGGGUCGAUGGCAACAUUGACGAAAACAAUAACGAUUGCCGAAACACACUGACACAAUUACGCGCAGUAGUAAGUGAUGUGAAUGUGUGCACGACACCAGAACAGUGUGUCGAAUUUAUCAAUGAAAUUGAUGAUGGCAAAGCUUUCAUAAUUUCAUCCGGAGCAAUAGGACAAAGCCUUGUAAAUGACAUUCACAGCUUACCAAAAGUGGAUGCCAUUUACAUUUUUUGCGACAACAAAACGCGUUAUGAAUCAUGGGCGAAGGAAUGGCCAAAGAUUCGAGGUGUUUUCACCUUGAUCAAACCGAUAUGUGAAUCGCUGAAGAAAGUCGCCCAUGAGUGCGAUCAUGAUUCAAUUCCGAUGAGCUUCGUUCCGAAGCAAACGAUGGCAGGAGGAGCAACAGGCUCUGGUCCAAAAAAUCUCGAUCGAUUACCGCCAACUUAUAUGUACUCGGUGAUUUUUAAAGAUAUAAUAUUAGAAAUCGAUGACGAUGACGAAAAAUCUAUGAACACUUUAGCAAUAUAUUGCCAAAAACAAAAUAUUCCAGAAAAAGAAAUAAAUAAAUUUAAGCUUAACUACCACCAGAAAUCAGCAGUCUGGUGGUAUACCAAACAAAUUUUUCUCUAUGGUAUGCUUAAUCGUGGGUUAAGAUCGCUUGAUAUGG